ACCAUUCUAGUAUUUCGGCAAAACUUUAAAUCACAUUAUGGAAAGUCUCGGAAUCGAUUCGAAGAAUCCCGACGGUAAAUCAAAAUCUGUGGCGUUGGAAACGGCUAAACUUUUGCUGAACACCAUCAAUCAUAUUUUUAUCGGCUUCGUGUUUAUAUAUACGACAUGGAUCUGCUGGAAAAACGGGUUCGAGAAAGUUUUCACAUGGCACGUGUUUCUCUGUGUUUUCGGUUUUCACGUUCUGAUGGCCGAAUCAAUUUUACUGUUCUACUCUGGGAACAGCUGGUCUCAGGUUCUACGACAACCGCAGCGUCGAACGGCUCACUGGAUGCUGCAAGUGAUCGGUAGUGUCUGUAUCAUAGUUGGAAUAGCGCUGGAAUUCUAUUGGCGUGACAUCAACAACAAACCGCAUAUUCACGAGAAUCACUCGAUCCUCGGACUGGUUGCCUUGAUUCUACUGAUUGUAAGCAUGAGCAACGGACUUGGUUCACUGUACGCAGUUGAGUUGCGGAAACGAGUCAAACCGAUAUAUCUGAAAUUUGGCCACAACUUCAUUGGCUUCGCAUGUUUCGUCAUCGGCAUGGCAUCACUCAUUCUCGGCUAUGACAAACGUAUUUUUAAAGAGAACUCAACAACGGAAAUGGUUACUGUACUGCGGGUAUUCACCAUACUGGUAAUAUUUCUUAGUGUUCUUGGUGCACUGAAAACUAUCGUUACACAAAUAAAGGCCAUCAUGCGGCAGUGA